GCUUUUCUUUUAUUGCAGCAUAGUCAAAUUUCUGUUCUUGUAAACAAUGGAGGGGCAGUUGAACAAAUACACCAAUGUAGUGAAGGGCUGGCAGUACCGCUGGUUUGUCAUGGACGCCGAGUCCGGCAUGUUGGAGUAUUUUGAGAAAGAGGAGCACAAGAAACAGAGACCCAGAGGAUGCGUUCAUCUGGCGGGGGCAGUGAUUUCCCCAUCAGAUGAGGAUUCACAGACAUUCUCAGUCAGUGCUGCUAACGGAGAAAUUUACAGACUCAAAGCUGGCAGUACAAAAGAGAGACAACUGUGGAUAGACAAACUUCGAACCACUGCUGAAUACCAUACAAAUCACAUGACAAGUGGCGGACAGCAAGUUCUGCGUCGCGAGUCUCGGUCUUCCUCACUCUUAAAGACCAUCACUGAAACAGGAUCCACCCGGAAGAGGCCGGACGUGAUGUCACAGGACCUCCAACAGAGGUCACAUAAAGCCCCCGCCCCCCGCCCUCACACACUGGACCCUUUCCGAGAGGUCAAGGAGUACAUCUCAGAAGCCAACGACUAUGCUGUUCAUCUCAGGGAAAAAAUUGAUAGUCUUUCUGUGACAGAAGAACCUAUAGGGGGUCUGGACAAAGACCUGCUGUUAUUAAAAGCCACUUCCACUGCGACCCUCAACAGCCUGGGACAGUGUCUUCAGAUGCUUCAACAUCAACAGGGCGGAGCCCCAUAUGAUUGGCAUGAGUCAUUUACAAGUCAAAGACACAUCUCAAUAUCAAGUAGUAUGGAGGAGAGGAAUGGCAGUUUCUCUUCAGUCACUUCCGCCCCCGGACCAAUCGUCUUCCCCGAGGAGAAACCUGAAGGACCCAUUAAUCAUGAAGAUGAGGAAGAAGAUGAGAAAGGAAAGGUCUACACAGCUCAAACUGGGCAUGGACUUAACUAAAACUCCACUAAUGUAUGACACAAAACAGUCAUCCUACAUCUACUGUCACAACUCAAACUGGGCAUGGACUUAACUAAAGUGGUGCUUCCAACCUUUAUUCUGGAGAGGCGCUCUCUACUGGAAAUGUUUGCGGACUGCAUGGCUCACCCGGAAAUGUUCUUAAAAAUACCUGAUUUACCUGACCCGGAGUCCAGAAUGCUGGCCGUGAUAGAGUGGUACCUGACCUCAUUUCACGCUGCCAGACAGGGAUCUGUUGCUAAGAAGCCCUAUAACCCAAUUAUCGGGGAGACAUUCCACUGUUCCUGGAAGAUUCCUAGAAAAUCACAGAACAUAUCAAACAACAGUCAGUUCGGGAGCUCAGUAGACGGGGUCACGCCAUCCAACGGUGUGGACGGGUCACGACCCAACAGUACAGAGGGGGACACACAGCUGGUGUACUGUGCUGAACAAGUGUCCCAUCAUCCUCCAAUCUCUGCCUUUUACUUUGAGUGUCCAGAGAAACAAGUGUGUAUGAAUGCUUCCAUUUACACCAAGUCCAGAUUUUACGGCAUGUCUAUUGGAGUUAAUCUGAUAGGGAAAGUAAGUCUAAGAUUACUACAACACGGGGAGGAGUACAUUUUUGGGAUGCCCAGUGCCUAUGCCCGGUCAAUCCUAACCGUGCCCUGGGCAGAAAUGGGAGACAAAAUUUCUAUCACGUGUGCCAAAACUGGAUAUUCAGCAGCUGUCACUUUUCACACCAAGCCAUUUUACGGAGGAAAACUACAUCGAGUGUCUGCGGAAGUGAAGGACAACUCAGGGGAGAUAAUCUGUCGAGUCCAGGGAGAAUGGAAUAGUCAACUGGAGUUCACUUAUAAAGAUGGCUCAAAGAAAACAAUUGAUGUUAAGGACAUUCCUAUAAGGAAGAAGCGAGUCCGGCCGGUGAAGUUACAAGGAGACUUUGAAUCUCGUCGUCUCUGGCAACACGUAACUAACGCGCUCAAAGUGCACGACGUCAACACAGCAUCAGAACACAAGAGAGUGCUGGAGGAGAGACAGAGAGAAGGAGAGAGACAUCGAAAAGAAACGGGGACACCAUUCCCCACCAAGUUCUUCCACAAAGAAGAUGAUGGUUGGUUGUUUAACACCCUGCUACAGAAGGGCGAUACAAGGGGAACAAUAUAGAGGGACAAGCUCUUCAGUAUGAGGAGGAGGCCAAAAUCUACCUGAGGGGGGUAGGAGACAGAGAUCUGGGAGAAGACUUCAAGCCUGUGAUAUUUAAGUGCUAUCAAACUUAUUGUGAUAAACCUUUUUUCAGGAAGCAUUAUUCACGUUCAUCAUUUAGCAAUAUACACAUUGUGAUGUGUUCCGAAUAAGUUUUUAAUCUGAAUUUUUUGAAUAUUUAUGUACUUACUUGUACCAUGUACAUGUAUGCUUUAUAAAUUUAAGAAAAUAAAA